AUGGUCGUACCGCUUCUGCGGACGGAUGCGGCGAGCCAGUGGUGUCCGUUCCACGCUCUAAAUGUGCAGAUCUUGCAGCUGUUGCUGAACGAGGGUUUCAUCCGUGGAUAUUCCGUACACGGCGAUCGCAUAAAUAUUCUACUUAAGCAUUACAAGGGUGCUCCUGUGAUCCGUAACGUGCGUGUGAUUUCUAAGCCGAGCCGGGACAUCUGGGUGACUCCGCAUGAGCUGAAAAGUCGUACGCGUUUCAACACAGGGCUUUGGGUACUGCAGACGUCGUGUGGCGUGGUCUCCCACCGCGAUUGCAUCCGCAUGGGCAUUGGCGGCAAGAUGUUGUUCGCAGUUAACAACAACUAUCAGCACUUCUCAUGA